AUGUUAUUAACGUUUGGACCGCUGUGCAGUAAUCUGUCUAUUGAGCUGAUAUCCAGAAAAUCAGUUCUUCACUCCUUUGCAUGCCCGAACUGUUCCCAGCUGAAUGAGCUGGAUCAGAUGGAGGUAGGAAUGUCGGGAAAGAAGACUGGUAACACAUACUGUGACAAGUGUUCAGCUGCUGUGUCAUUGGAGCAGAGUACGAAGGGGGUCGACAGGCGUUAUCUCUGUAGCUGUUACCUCUGUGGUGACUCAAACGAGUUCAAAAGGAGUGAGUUACGAGUUGCCGGGCACAAGCACUACUUCGGUACCUGUAAAGAGUGCCAUGAACAGUUCAAGUUCUUCAAGUGGAGCGCUACAAACUUGUUGCGUUAUUCUCCCAGCUCAGUUCAUAGGGGACACAAGGCUCCAAAGCUGGAGAAAUCAGUCUCUAAUGUGGAGGAUGGUGAGACCAGGGUGAAGCUGGUUGAGGUGACGGAGAUAUGUGAUUGUUCUGAUUGUGAAAGUAGCUCUAGUUCUUCUGCUUCAAAGGCCUCAGAAUUAAAGAGUUUUGAAAAAGAACCGGAACCAAAAACGGCGGAGAAAUGGCGGGAAAUGUUUGGAAAAAGCGAAAUUGAAUCAAGUGACAUAUUUGAGCACUUCAAAGAUUCUCCUCCGGAGAGGCUAGGAGCUCAAAGACCUAUAAACAGCGCGAUGGAUAUCGUCAGCAUGAUGAUGUACCAUCUUGAUUCCAUCUACUCCACAGCCGGGUCUGUUACUGAUCCACCAGAUUAG